UAUUGCAUUACUCCUCAGUUUCUUGUCUAUUCCUCUCUUCUCAAAUCAUCUUUCUUCACUCUCUUUCCUCAUCAAACAUCUUCCAUGGCAAACGCCUGGAGAAGAGAUCGAUCGUCAAAUCUCCUAUCCCCAAACUCUCUCUUCAUACUCCUUUCUCUCUCCUUCCUCCUUCUCCUCCUCUUCUUCCUCUCUUCUAAAUCCUCAAAUCUCACUAAUAACCCCACCUCAGAUUUCAAAAUCUCCCUAAAUCCCUUCACCUCCAAACUUCCACCAUUUAAUUGCUUUAAAUCUCCGCAAUCUCACCCAGUAAUCGCCAACAUUGUUGAAGGUGUCAAAUACCCUUUUCUUUACUCGCUCUCUGAUCUUGGAAACUUGCCUGAAAAACCCCAUAAAAAUAUCCAGAGAAUUCUCAAGAAGAAGCCCUUUAAAAAGCCUGACAUUUCUUCUACUGUUCAGGAACUUCUGGGUAAGUAUCAGGCUGAGGGUAAAAAUGGGAUUUUUGUUGAUGUGGGUGCAAAUGUCGGUAUGGCUAGUUUUGCUGCUGCUGUGAUGGGUUUUCGGGUUUUGGCAUUUGAACCUGUUUUUGAGAAUUUGCAGAGGAUUUGUGAUGGGAUUCACUUCAAUCGAGUUGGGGAAUUUGUUACUGUUUUUGACGCUGCCGCAUCUGAUCGUUUUGGGAGUAUAACUUUCCAUAAGCUAGUUGGUCGGCUAGAUAACAGUGCUGUUUCUGCUGCUGGUGCGAAGUUGGCAUUUAAAUCAAAUGAAGAGAUAGCGGUUGAAGUGAAGACCAUACCACUUGAUGAAAUUAUACCAGAUUCAGAACCUGUGCUUCUGCUUAAAAUUGAUGUUCAAGGCUGGGAAUAUCAUGUUUUGAAGGGUGCCAAAAAGCUACUCUCUAGAAAAGGAGUUGAAGCCCCUUAUUUGAUAUACGAAGAAGAUGAACGCUUGUUGCAAGCAAGUAACACAACGGCCAAAGAAAUCCGAGACUUCCUAGGGAGUGUGGGUUAUGUUGAUUGCACUAUGCAUGGUACUGAUGCUCAUUGUACCAAGAAGAUUUGAGGUAUGACUGAAAUUUCUUGCUAGAAAUACAUAGUCUAGUCCACCCAAGUGAGAAGUUUGUAAGUUCUAAAGAAUCACUAUGCAACACUCAGAACAAACAUACGAAGUGGGACAAAGCAGGAAUUCUUUGUUGGUGACCGGAUAACUAAUUACCUAUACUGAUAUUGUACUGAUUAAUCUGUUGAGGGUCAGCCAAAGUAGGAUUACUUAUGGCUGUGGGAAAUUGUUGUUAUCUGCAUUUUCCACUAUCAGUUAUGUGAGCUAAACUGAUAAGAGAUAGAGGUAGAAACAGGAUCUAGGCAGCUCUGUAUGGAGCUUGUAAUUGAUUUCAUUAAUGUCCUAAUGAUUAUUAUUCUUUGAUCCAUGUCCUGUAUUGUUUUACCUUUUUUAAAAUGUAAACUUUUAAAUCAUAUAUAACCAGAAGCAGGUUCUUGAA